GCGUGUGUUUAGUGUAUCUGAUUCAGUAUCAAACGGUUUGUUCAUAUAGCAACAACUUCGCGUGCUUCCGUCGCAACUGUGCUCAGAAGAUUGAUUGUGUGUUUAAAAAGUAAAGAGUUAUUAUUGGAGUUCAUAUCGUGAGAAGUAAAAGAAAAAUGCAAAUAUCUCAUUCAUAUCUUCACAAAUAAGUAAGUGAAGAUGAUAAUUUUCUGAAAAGUGAAGCGUGACAGCAUAUCAAGUGUACUUUGUGGCUCAAUAUGAUUGAUGUGAGCGUGUAUGGAAGCCAUGCAAUGCACGCAAGUGGUUUUCAGGGAAGCGAUCUAGGAUCAGAUGGAUAUCCUUAUUUGCCUUCGAAUCAUCACCAUAAUCACUAUUAUCAUCAGCGACAAACGGCGUCUACUGUCAACUGCAGUAAUCCACCAGAAGCUACACCAUUUGCUUCUCAACCAGUUAACAAUACAAAUAGUGCAGUAAUCAAUUGUUCAUCAAACUCAGUUCCUCAACAAUACUCCCAUUCUCAUCUUUAUAGUCCUUCGGCUAUAGAAUAUGGAAUUACAACUUCGAACUCUCCAUCAGAUCUUUACUUUGAUAGUGAAGCACAGAAUAUGAUUUAUAAUAAUAGUCAGGUCACACCUGGACCCUUCCCGCAGACAAGAAUUAUUAGUGCUGAUAAUGGUAUGAGCUAUACUAAUUUAGAUUACAUGUAUAGUCAACAAGACUGCGGAGAAAGCUUGGCGGUUCAAGAAAAUAAGUUGCAUUUACACCGCUAUGGUUCAUUUAGUGGUAUGUCAGCAAUAAGUGAAAAUUCUAGUGAUCAUCAAUUGCACCAUCCAAUACCAAAUGCUUCCUGGACGCACAGUUUGUAUUCUGAGAACGGCAUACAUCACGCUCAACAAAACUGUUCAUCGGGAUAUACUACUAGUGGAAACCUCGAUUCACAAGGCUUAGAAAUAGAGGCAAAAAUUAGCACCGUCGGCAGCAGCAAUGUAGCUACGCACAGUGGUGAAAACAGUCAUGUCCUAUCAACAAGGCAUGAUUCAAUUCAACAGCAAAAUCAACAAAAUGCACCAACGUACAAAUGGAUGCAGGUCAAAAGAAAUGUGCCAAAACCCCAAAUUCAAAAAGCAACACCACAGGUUGUUUCAGAAUACCACAUAAGUCAUCAUGUAAUUGAUCCUUUGAGAGGGCUAGCGGAACAAAGUUUGGCAACACCUGUGGGUCAACACCAAUCUUCCUUUUUGAUGAGUGGCACUAGUACGGGACGUACGAAUUUCACCAACAAACAACUUACAGAGCUGGAGAAAGAGUUCCACUUCAAUAAAUACUUAACCCGAGCGAGGAGGAUUGAAAUUGCAAAUUCACUACACCUCAAUGAAACGCAGGUCAAAAUAUGGUUUCAAAAUCGACGAAUGAAGCAGAAAAAAAGAAUAAAGGAAGGAUUAGUGCCUCAUGAGACUCAAUGUUCCUCUCCAAAACACGUUGCAAGUGUUUCUAUGGACGGAAGCAGUAUGAAAUCUGCCGGUGAUAGCAAUGACAACAGUCGAGAGUCGUCAACUGUUUAGGUAAACUCCAAAACAAAACAGUACUGUUCAGCCCAUUAUAUUUUCAUUUUGUACUUAAGUAGAAACAAAACAUUAAGAAUAUUGAUUUUCAGCAUUUUUUUUUUUGAAGUGUAUGCAAUGGACAAGUAAAGCCCAUCAACUGUCAUAAGAUCAAUUAGAGUACUUUUGCUCUGUACCAGUUUAAUCUGUCAAAAAAGCUCAACAACUUAAUUAUUAUAUGCACCGCGGUCAUGCGAGCAUUAAAUGAUAUUUGAAAACCCUGUUUUUGUUAAAAGCGUCCAAAUAAAAUGAAUUUUAUAUGCAAUGCAACAUUUAUAUUUGAUUAUAUAUGUAAUAUACAGUAACGUUCUGUUUAUUAAAAAGAUAAAUAUUGAAGAUCAACAGAUUCUCUGUUGAGCAGAAUAUGAUGAACAAGUAAUUCGAUAGUGUAGUCCAUUGCGCUAAAACACUCAUAUGAUUUAUACAUUUGAUUUUGAAUUUGUUAUCAAUAGUUCACCUUUUUUGUAAAAUGUUACACUUUGUAUAACCUACAGGUUAUUCAAUAUUCACAAUGAGUUAUUUUAGAAUAUUGUAUUUUGCACACUAUGUUGAAAUUGUAUGCUCUCAAGGCUUAACAAAAUACCAAAAAGUAAUUUGUAGUACGUAUUUAAUUUUGUACAAACAGUCAGUUCGAAGGUCUAACCUAUGCCGUAGUAAGUCCCAUUCUUUAUGUAAAUAUGUUAAAGUGAGCGGAUAUUAGUUGUCAACCAAAGUCUCUCCAACUAAAGCAAAAAGAUUAUAUAAUAAGGCAGAUGAAAAUGUAAAUACAUGAAAAAUGCUUUCAAAUCGUAAAUGUAAGCGAAACUGUACUUCAUAAAUAGCAUAGGUCUCAAAUCUACAAAAAAAUACAUCGAAUGUUCCUCUAUAUAUAGUAAAUAAAAACUAGGUUUUACAUAAGGAAAAGGUAACUAUCAAAAGAUUAUUGUUAUAUUCAUGAUAACUUUGAUAUGCAAAGACAUUAAAGAAAAUUUACUUUAAA